CAACCUCACCUGUUGAUCUUGGUGCGGCUUCUUCCCACGAGAGCCUCACAAUCAAUCGCUCAAUUGAACGCUGCCCAACCCGCCCAACAUGUUCGUCGCACGACAGAGGGUAGCCGGCGCGGCUCGCCAGCUGCAAAGGACGGCGCGAACCUACGCCUCCGACGCCCAUGCCCAUCACAAGGCCCCAGAAGUCAACGAGUCGUUCAGCACCGGUUCUCUCCUCGCUGUCGGCGGUUUCUUCGGCUCCGUUCUCGUCUACCAAUUCGUUCCUCAGGAGGGCGAGCAGUCCUCAAUCCUCAGCCUCAUCGACAAGUACACUUCCCGUGGAAAGGACUGGGAGGAUAUCAAUGCGCUUCACACAAAGGCCAUGGAGCAGGCUGGUUACGACCGAAACCUUUUUGAAAACGGCGGCAACAAGCACCGGUUUGUUGAUGUUGCCUAUCCCGAGGCCAUGACUUCGUAUGCUCCCCGAAACAAUGUCGCUGGCCACCUGGCCAACAUGGACUACGUUGUUGAGCACUACCGACAAAAGCAUAUUCAGGAGGAGGAGCGGAAAGCGGCCAAACUGGCACAGAAGGAGGAAUAGGGUUGUAAACUAGCCACGAAUCGGACAUACCUAUGAAUUCAUUUUUCCAUUGAGUUAUUAAA